AUGAGGGGAGAGAGGGAGGCAGGUCCUCCGCCUGCACUCGCUGCAUGGUGCCUUCCUGCCUCGCGCUCCAUUCAGUUGUUGUCGUUGGGAAAAAUCAGCCAGUCCAAAGCAACCAGACUGAAAUCCAGCUACAGGCGACUGAGUAACACUCUGAGGAGUGCCCAGGACUGUGAGCUCCAGCGUUUGGGGGAGGCUAAGAGGUCUCGUGCUGAGCUGGAGAGGCUGCACACUGAGCUGGAGAGAACAGAGGAGCAGAGCAUCUCCGAGGAGCCCGAGAGCGAGGUCAAAGAACUGAGGCAGCAGCUCCUGCGGGCAUACAACGAGCUGAGGGCUGCCGAGAACACGCAGUACAACACGCAACUCCGACUGAAGUGUCUGUGGGAGGAGAAGCGCUACCUGGAGACAGAGAAUGAGACUCAGCUGGAACCUGCUGAGCUGGAGAGCAGAAUCAAAGCCCUGCAGGACAAAAAUGAGGAUCUGAGGAUAGAAGUGGCUCAGAGACAAGUGGAAGUCAGAAGUCUCACUGAAGAUGUGGAAAGCCACGAAGCUCAGAUACUGAGAGAACAGAAAGAGCUGGAGGACCAGAAGGAGAUCAUAGAGCUCAAAGAGGCAGAGAAAGCCCAGCUCAUCAGCGUACCUGACCAGAUAUCAGAGAAGAUGAAGAGGAAACGCUCCAAGAAGGAAGCCGCUCUGAAGGAAAUAGAAGCACUGAACGCCGUGAUCUCCGAAUCGGAGCAGCAAGUGCAGGAGGUGGAAGUACGAAACCGAUCCCUCAGGAGGAGGAGGGAGGAGGUGGUGCAGAAGCUGGAGGCUCUCCAGGCCCAAGUCGAAGCCAGUCAGAGAGAGUGCAGACAGCUGCUGAAAGAACAGGAAGUCAGCAGGGAGGAGGAGGUGGAAUUCAUUGGGACCAGAGGUAUCCUGGAAAUGAAGCUACAGAACGUCAUGUGUGACAGAAAGCACCUGUUCGAGAGCCAGUCUGUGCAGCUGCGGGAGAAAAAUAGGCAGAUGCAAGCCCUCAAGAGGAUGGAGCACGCGUUGACCACGGCCACGGAGCAGCUAGGACACGUGCAAUCGAUCCACAGCGAGCUGCAGGCCCAGUUAGACGCUGUUCCCGGGAGAGAGGCCGGCACUCGGCAGAGGAUGGAGCUUCAGAAGGAGGUGGACGCUCUUAAAGUCGGCUUUGAAAAACAGCUCUCCGUGGCAGAGGAGGAGAGCCAGAAGAAGCGUCAGUACGGGCUGAUUCAGGAGCUGCUGCAGGAGUCGAACCUCCUCAGAGAGGAACUCCACCACCUCAGAUGUCUCACCAAGAUCAAAGUUGAGGAGAGGGGCCAGAAGCACCGCGAACUGCUCAGGGCCGAGCGACUGCACCAGCUCAUCCAGUACGAGCUGCGAGAGAAAGACCUGAUCAUCAUGGACCACAACAAGCUGAAUACACUGCUGCAGCGCAGAAUAUCACAGUAUUCUAAACUGUGCGACAUGUUUACGGAGGAGAAGAACAAGUACGUCAAGCUGAAGCAGUUCGCCUCGCAGUCGUUCACCGAGCUGACGGAGCAGCUCAGGGUCCUGGAGAACGAGACGGAGAUCCAGCACACCAUCGCCGUCAACAAGGACAGAUUCCUCACAAAGGCUCGUAUGAAGCUCUCCAGCUGCUCCAAAAUGAGGGACAAGCUGCGCAAUGACAUCUCCAAGGUUGCAUGGAAGCACCAUCAGAUCAGUCAGGAUGGUGACGACCACAAACUGGAGCUGUCGAAACUCACCCAAAUGAUCAACCUCCAGGAGCAGGCGCUUCUGGAGAUCAACAAGAACCAUGAGACGGCUGUGCAGUGUCGCAAUUUUCUUGGCAUCCAGCUGCUGGAGCACGAGGAGGUGUUGUUCAACUACCGCGGGAAGGUGAACGUCCAAGAGGCGGCCAUCGGUAACGGCAACGUGGCGCUGGAGACGUUGGAGAGGGAAAUGAAAGAUCUGCAGUUGGCCAUUAGCGAGGAGAAGAGACAGAUUGAGCUGAAGAAGAAGGAGGUGCCCCUGAAUAGAAAGCUGGAGGGAGAGAUCACCGUGUUGCAGAUAGAGCUUUCAGAAGCCAGGGACAAGACAAUUGAAUGUCUGAACCAAACUGUGGCUUACAAAGAAUUAAAAGGCAACGACCCGACGUCCAAAGAACUGGUCAGGAAAAUGGAGCAGCUCAAGGUGAAUCUUGCCGAACGCGAGAGGCAGCUGCUGGAGAAGUCGCUCCUCGUGGACCAGGUGACCCGUCUGUCGAAGCCGCUCAGCGAGCAGGAUGAGAGCUGCCGGCAGGACCGACUCUCGCUGGGGAAGAAGCUCAACGAGAUCCGAGCUCAAAUAAUCGAAGCCACCCACCGACUGAUGGCCGUGUCUGCCGAACUUUCCAUGAAGCAAGCUGCUGCUUUGUCUCAACAGCAGGAGAUCAAAGAGAGAGAGCUCCAGAUGGACAUGUGCCAGCGGCGGCAGGAGCAGGGCCUGCCACCGUGCCCUGAGAUGGAGGAGGAGUGGAGGAGGAUGCUCCGGAACAAGAGGAGGCGGCAGAGGGACAAAGAGGAGAGAGAGAAGCUGGCUCAAGAAGAAGAGUGGAACCAGUUGCCAAAUGGAGAGUUCACCACAGCCGAGAGCCGUCCCAACGCGUACAUCCCCGAGACCGACUCGCUCCCUCUGCCCAGACCCUACGGAGCCCAGCCGCCGUUCAAGCCCUCGCAGCCAGGGGGCAACAUGAGGCACAUCCGCAAACCAACGCUCAAACCCAUCGAGAUGUAAGAAACAAUAUGUGCACCUUCAGGAAGGAGAUAUACUUGCUGUGAACUACGCAAACACAUCAUGGCUGCACUAAAUUCAUUAAAGUGUCCCUGGGAGAUAUCUCAUUUUUACUCGACCGAUCAUGGGAAAUUAAGAAAUCGCAAAUUUCACGUUUUUAGAUAUAUUUUCUAGUGGAUUUGGCAAAUCAAUAAACGUGUGUCUGCA